GCCUUGACAAAUACAUGAUGGCCGUUGCCACCGAAUAGUGUAACGCGUACAUGAAACUGUCGUGUACCAGAGAAGUUUAUUAUUUUAAGUAGAAUUUUUCCUCUUAUGUACCUAAUCUAUAUUGUUUCUGUUUGUAAAAGAAUAAAAUUUUGUGCCCAGAACUAAAAUCAUGCAAAAAGAAGUGUGAAAAAACGUAAAAUCGCGAGAAGAAAACACGGGUGGCAAAACCGCGUUCGCGGAGGGUGCAAAUUAAAUAUAGAAUCUGUGAAGCCAUAAGUGUAGUGUAUGUGACAUUUUUAAACAACACCAAACUUGAAACAGUUCUGAACUAUGUUUGUAGUUCAAAUGUAAAAUGACUUGAUAUUAAUGCUUUAAACAUUACUAAAGAAUAUCUAUGGAUUACUAAAGGAUAUCUAUUAAAUGUUAUUUGAUAAAUUGGGAUAAUACAGAAUAUAGUAUUUGUAAAGUGAUAAAAUUGUUUUAUAUGCCCAAAUUCUGAUGUUAUGUCAUGGAAAAAUGUAGUUCAAUUGUGUUUAUACAUGGAUGUAAUUUUGCAACAAAUGUGCUUUAAAGAUAAGUCAGAGUACUUUCAAAAUGCAGUUGUGCAAUUAUUCUUUAAUGGAUAAUGUAGUUCGAAAAAGAACUACCUACUAUAUACAAGAAAUUAAUAUAAAAACAUGGGUAACAUUAAAGUGUGAUAUUAAAAACUAAUAUCAACAAUCCAUGUAAAUAAACAUAUUUUGAAAACAUAAAAGGGUAUUGCCUAAACAACAGAUGAAAUAAGAAGUUACAUGCAUGACAGGAAUAGGAGACGUAGGUCGCAGACGCGUUGAAUGGCGCCGUAGCGCAAAUACAGUCUUCUACUGUCAUUGAGUUGUAAUUUAUGAGUGGGGUAUAUAGAAACAAACAUAGAUAAGCUGAAAAGGUGGCUAGACGCUGCCCGGAGUAAAGAGGGGCUGCGUGGGCAUGCAGCAGCCUCAGUCACGCCCUCUUCUCGGGGACUCAGUAUCCUCUACAACCUCCCCGACUGCUCGGCGUAACAAUCCUGUUGCUGUUUUGACACAUCAACAAUUACAACAGUUACAACAAUUGCAGGCUCAAAAUUCGAGUGGCCAAUCAUUGACAUUUGCUUUGCAACAAACAUCAAACAAUCCGCAAGACCAAGGAAAUAGGUCAACGACUGGGAACCAUAUAGUAUAUGUAAACCAGUUAAACCAUUUAAAUCAGAGUACCAUAAAUCCCUCGGGGACUGGUAUGGGCCUACCCCCGGCCACCCCCACUUUUGGGGUGGGCCUUAAUAUGGGAUUGCCACUAUCACUUCUAAAUACUAGCCUUACAUCCCUCACAUCUAAUGUUAUCACUACAUCAAAUCCUCUGCUCAAUUUGGGCCUGCCAAGUAUAAAUACAGGACUAACUACAAUAAAUCCUAGCCUCAAUCACUUGAAUACCAUAAACUCAAAUUUAACUUCAAAUAUUGGUUCAAACAGUAUUAAUAAUGGUUUAUCUGGUUUGGGACAGGAUAUAAAUAGUAUAAAUACUGAAAUUAAUAGGCUCAAUACAUUAAAUUCAACAAAUAUAAAUUCUGGAUUGCCCAGUGUGAAUACUGGAAUUACCAAUGUAAAUCAGAAUUUGACAAGUUUAAAUUCAAACAUAAACCAGAAUGUUACCAGUUUGAGCACAAACUUUACAUCCCCAAGCUCUGGUGUAUCUGGCUUAACUGCUAUUACCCCAAAUAUAAAUACAAAUUUAACUACUACCAGUAUAAAUUCUGGUAUAAAUCAAGGUCUCAAUCGACCUAUUAAUGCUUUAACAACUGGAUUGACUCAAACUAGUCUAAAUUCCAGCAGUACACAAUUUCCAUUCCAAGCCAUACAAAGUAUACAAAGCAUUGCACCACACAUCGUUGGGUCAAAUAUUGCACAUGUACCAAGUUCUGCUAUAUCGCAGCACCCGAAUUCAAACGUUUCUACUAUUUCACAAAUGUCAAAUACCGGUACCUUGACAAGUUCCAGUAUAUUCACGAGCACUUCCAGCGAACCAAUUCAUUCAACCACAGCAAAUGUGAAUCACGCUUCAAACGUGAAUCUCACUACAAAUAUUCCACAUCUUGGUACAAUGCACUCAAAUUUAUCUAAUGUAUCAACAUCUAAUGUGCAGCAUAUAUCUGCAUCAAACGAACCGAAUAUGUCACUGAGCCAUACUUCUUCUUUAAGUUCUUCUCAGACAACUGGAUUUCAACCUCAGCGACAGUAUUCACAGGGAAUUAACCCUGGUUUAAGUUCAUCAGUAACAUUAACGGGCUCAUCUCAGCCAUCAAAUGUGGUCAGUACAAUAAAUACUGUAAAAUCUAUGCAGAACAUUCAAAGUCAAAAUAUUAGUUCUCCAAGCAGUCCAUUUUCAAUACCAUUAAAAAGUCCAGCAUCUAAUAUUGCACCACCUACACCAAGUCCUAGUCCUAACAGACUAUUACUUAGAAGUCCAGCAUCAAACUCAAUACAAUCUAAUAGAAAUAGUCCAAGUCCUGUUGGAACAUCGACAUCAAAUAAUAAUUUUAAUAUACAAAUGCAAAGUCCAAUGCAGAGUCCAAUGAGUGUUAGCCAAAUACAGAGUCCUGUACUUAGUCCAUAUCCUCCUGCAAAAAGUCCUCAUCUGUUAAGUGGAAAUAACUCUCUGAACAACAGAAGUCCAGCACCUGGUGGGAGUCCUGGUCCACCUGUGGUUAGACCCAAUACACCAAUACUUCAGCAAGGAAUGCAAGUAUUGCAAAUAAUUCAUGGUACACCACAGGGGUAUCAAUCAACACCAACACAGUUGGUUACUAGGACGCAUUUAAUUGGAAAUCAACAAAUUCAAAUAGCUGCGACUAAACCGGCAAAACAGCCACCACAAAUUUUACCAAAACCUCCAAAUCAACAAGCUGCUGGACCACAACAAAAACAACAACGUGUUAAUACUACAAUUACAAAUCAAGUGACACAACAAACUCAGCCACAGUUAGUUCUUGCUGGACCACAACCAAAUCCUACAACAGCUACAAUGAUACCAACAGCACAAGGUCUACUGUUAAAUCAGGUUUUGCCGUCAACCGGACCCGUUAUUGUACAGCAACAACCAGGUGGUGUUCAGCUCAUACUAAGAACGCCAGCAAGCGCCCAGCAACAAACACAUACUGCACAGCUAACACAACAGCAGUUAGUAAGAGUCGUCACAGCACAAGGUAUGCAGUUACAAGGCAUUACACCUACAUUUUUUGCUGUACCUAAUGGUUUUCCUCCAGCUGCAUCUCCAGUAAUUAGACAUACUCCCUCUAGUCCUGCACCUUCUGCUAAUUCAGGGACUGGUAAUUCCAUAGUGAUUCAAAAUGCAAUGGUACAAAGCCCUCAGCCACAAAUUUCACAAGUAGGUUCAGGUUCCAAUACUGGUAACACUCCAUGUACGCAAGCUGUUGUUGAGCAAACUUUAUUACCACCUCCUAAGAAAAAAGCAAAGAAGAAAAAGAAAGCAAAACGGAAAGAUGAUGAACCACCAAGACUGGAUCUUGCUAGUAUAAUGAAAAUAUCAGGAAUUGGAGAUGAUGAUGAUAUUUUUGAUACUGAUCUUACAACUGAAUCAGAUGUUUCUUGUCAAGUUCAAGUUGAAUCAAGUUCGGGACAAAACCUGGGACAACUUUCAUCCCAAGUACCUACAAUACCUACCAGUUCUGCUCAGAAUUUGAUACAAGUACCUGCACCAAAUACAACGAACACACAAACGUCUGCAUCUCAGACAUUUAAUAGCCAACUUGUUGCCCAACUUCAGAUGCCUGUGCAGAAUGUACAAGGGCAAUUACGAUUUGCUCUUGGAGAAGAUGGAAGAGUUGUUUUACACCGUACUCCAGAACUAAAUCAGCCUGAAAUGGAUCAAGCUACUGCUCAAGCACUGAUACGAUCAUUAACACAAGGUGGUGGACAAAAUUCACCAAUUAUUUCUCAUCUUCUUGGACAAGCACAAACGACGACACAAUCUACACAAAGUACUGUGCUACAGAGACAAAAAUUCGUUAAAUCACCUUUAUCAUCCAGUGUUUCAGCAGUUACUACUACUGUAAGUUCUGCAGCUCCACAAAGUGUUACUUGUGCUACUAGUCCACAGCAUGUGCAAGUAUGCUCGAAAUCAAACAAUCAACAGAAAAGUGUAAAUGUUCCUCAAGAAUCCAGUCCUGUGUUAAAUGUUUGUGUUCAAAACAAUCUUGUAUCUCUACAAACAUUGGAUAUGCAAGCAUCGAAAAAUAUUAAUGUACAAAAUCUCACACCAACAACAAAAGCUAAUCAGUCAUCUAAUUCUAGCCUUCCACAACCAAACAGUAAUGUUCUAACUUCUGAUGUUUUAGCAACAAAACCUUCGUGUACUACAUUCAGUGUACAAAAUUCUCGAUUGACUAAUACAAGUCAAACGACUACUAAUCAACAAAAUUCUAAUGUUUCUGCACAGAAAUCUAGUCAAGUGCGACUUACAAAUGCUUGUGUUAGUACUAACGUGCGACAAAAUUUAAAUAAAAUAUCUCAGAGUGCUGCUCAUGUUCAAAAAUCCUUACCAAAUAAUUUAACUGUACAAAAUGAACACACAGUGACAAAAAGUAAUCAAAGUCAUCAGCAGGAAUCAAUAACACUGCAACAAGAAACACCAAUAUAUCAGCAUAAUCAACAUCAGCAAAUAACAGCACAGACUGUACAAACGCAGAAUGUCCAACAAGUUUUUGAACAAAAUCUUCAAACUUCUGGAUCAAAUGCUCAACAUAAUUCUUUAAACAUGUUACAACAACAAAGUUCUUGCAAUACCGCAAUGCAGCAUGAUGCUAUGAAUGUUUUGCAACAACAUUCUAGUAUUCAACAAAAUACAAUUAAUGUUUUACAGCAAAAUGCAUCUAGUAAUGUACAAAACAUCGAACAAAAUUUGCAGUCUGCCAUUGGUGAUUUAACUCAUGCACAGCAAAAUGUUAUUACGAGUAUGCAACAACAAAAUACAUCUGCUAUUUUGCAUAAUACAAGUGUACAACAAAAUGUAAAUGUACAGCAACAAAAUGUAAAUGUACAACAACAAAACGUUAAUGUACAACAACAAAAAGUUGUUGCAGCAAACACAUUUUCUUCUGUGAAUACGCAUCAUUUUGAAUCCCAGAAUACAGUUAAUGCUAUACAACAAGGACUAAAUACACAGCAAAAUAAUCAACAUCAAAAUAUUCUGAUUACAAAUGCUCCACCUCCCAAUGCUAUGCAGCAAAAUGAAUCUCAGAAAGUAGAAACCCAAACUGCAACAAUGCUUAAUUCAACAACAAAUAAUAUAUUAAAUAAUGCACCAAAAAUUACUCCUGAAAUUUUAAAUGCAUUAAGUAAUUUAAAUCCUAAUGAACAAUUAUUAAUUGCAAAUGCAAACGGACAAAUGCAAUUGAUCAGUCAACAGUUGUUGCAACAAUUUUUAGCAGGACAAUUAAAUGCAACUAAUCAGGUACAAAAUCAAAACCAAACUCAGAAAAUAGUGAUCGGUGAGCCAGAUGCAAAUAAUCAGAAUUUACAAGGUGUACAAAUCAAUACUCCAACGAGUCAAAUAAUUGUAAAUAGUUCUGGUGGAGCUCCUACAAUUCAAAAUAAUAUACAGAAUAUUGUAGUACAAGCUGCUCCUUCGCAAAUGCCACAACAUAUACAAAUUCAAAAUUCUAGUUUUCCUAGUCAAUUUAUUGACAAUCUAAAUCAACAGCAAAUCAGAAAUUUAGGUAACAACCAGCCAAAGAAGACAAAAAUUAUUAAAAGAACAAAAACUGCUGUUACUACUCAAAAUUCUGGAAAUACCCAGGUGACAAAAACAAUUACGGUUCCCCGCCCGACAAUGAUUUCAACAAAUACAACUAAUCUUCAGAAAGUUGAUAAUUCUAACAAAAUAAACACUGUAGUGUCUCAAAGUACAAAUCCAAUUAAGAGUGAAUCUUCUCAAAUUAUUACAAAUGGUCCUGUACUUCCAUCUUCUCCUGGAAAUCAUUUAUCAGUUCCUUCAAAUGGUCAAAUGGUUCAAAGAGUACAGACUAUUCAACUUACUGCUCAAAAACAGCAAUUAUUAAAAAAUAUACAAUCUCAAAUACAAGUUAUAUUAACUCGUAAACCGGGUUCACAACCAGAUCAAACUGUUUUAACAAAGUUAUAUCAAGACCAAGCAAAAAUUGUGGCAAGUGGAAAGGUUGUCGGUACUUCAACACAUCACGUUAGUAGUGGUACAGAAACGGGUUUUAGUAUGAAUGCAGUUUCAACAAUGGCACCAAAUAUAAUAUCCCAGAAUUCGUAUAAAAAUCAGACAUCAGCUGUACAAACUCAAACACAACCAUCUACUACUGUGGUAACUUCACAAAGCUUGAAUCCAAGUACAUCUUCGACGGUACAGAAUAAUUCAUCUAACAGUUAUAUGAAUAACCUUUCGAUAUCACAAAAUGUGCAAGGACAACAAUGUGUACAACAAAAUAAUCAAAAUGUACACCAAACGCACACAAAACAGCACAAGAUUUAUCAAAAUCAUGGAAAUCAGAUAUUGAGUCCGUCCUCUGCCAAUAUGCAAAUUUUCUCACCACCAAUUACCUCUGUAGCUACUGUACAGAGUAACGCACAACAAUCACCUUCAGUCCAAACACAACAAAUGGGAAUGCAACAAUCAACCCAAUGUCAAACAGACCCAUUAGACAUAAAACCAAAUAUACAAAUGUCAAGUCCUGUUAAACAAGAACUUUCUUCACCUAUUCAAAUACAAGUUCAAAGUGGAUCACCUGCAGGACAGGUGGCCUCACCUAGAGUGAUUGGCAAAGGACCACAAAGAAUUCAAAGUCCUGUAAAUACCAGUGGUAAUCCCAAUAAACAAACCGUUAGUCCCAACAACAAUUCAAGUCCUUUAGUAAGUCCAAGACAAGGUAUAAAAAGACCUGCAUCCAGUCCAAUUUGCAGACAAAUUAAUCGUAGUGAUUUAUUAGAGCAACAAUUGAAAAUUGAUCAAAACGGUGCGAUAAAUCCAGAUGUAAACACUCCAUUUUUGAGUAAGCGUGAUGCUUGUAAACGUCUUGUACGGUAUCAUUGUUUAAAUGAGCAAGUACUUAGUUCUAAGGACUUGGCAAAAGCUGAUGAGAUGUUUGAAGAAACAGCCAAACAUUUACUAUCAAAAUUCAAUUCUAUGAUGAACAAGUACACGUAUCUUCUUCUGAUGGAGAGUAUGCGAGAAGUGAGGACGUCGGAAUUGAUGAUGAUUGAUAGAACUUUUGUUGCUGAAGAACAAAGUAUAUUAAAUAGGUUACGAGAACAAGAGGCUAAAGUUAAUGAAGAGUUCAAAAAAGAAGAGAAGCCAUUAGUGCCAAAGGUUGAACCUGGUCUUACAGAAGAAGAGAAAUUAUCACCAACAUUAACUAAUGUAUCUGUAAAACGUGAGUUAGAAGAUGACUUUCUAAGUGAUGAAAUGGAAUGUAAACCAAUGCUUAAAUCAACAAAUUGCACUAGUGGUGAUUAUGAUGAGUGGGUAGAAAUACAAAAAGAACUUGGUGUAUAUCCAUCUACCACAGACUCGUUUAAAUGUAAAAAUAUAAAUAAUAGUGGUAGUAAUAGUGCAUGUGCUGUGGCUGUUACAAGGUCAUCAAAAACUGAAAGAACACGAGCAAAUGGUGAAUGUCGUACUACUGUACCAAGUACGAGUAUUUCUGGAGUUCAAAAUGCAGUAAUAAAGGACAAUUGUGAACAGGAUAGUACUCCAGAUUUUGAAAAACGUUGGAAUAGUGCUACUGAUCUCGAGCGAGAUUUGUUAGAAGAUACAGACAGCCUAGAUGGACUGGCCUUACAUUCUCAAACUCAAUGUCCAGGCUCUCUUCAAGUAACAACCGAAAGUGGAAAUGGUAAUGAACAUGAUGACAUUACCGCACAGGUACAAUCUGCCAUUGAUAGCAUUCUUAAUCUUAAAAAACGUCCUACAAAUACAUUAUCUGGCAGUAGUGGUAACAGUGCAUCACAAUCCAGUGAAUCAAAGGACACAGUGCUUGACCAAGCAGUCCGCAGCAUUUUAGGCUCGUGACCCUCCUUUAAUAAAGUAUGUUAAACAAGUGAAGUUAAUGGUGAACAUCAUGCUAAUUGUUCGUUUAAAAAAUUUUUAAGAACUAGACAUUUUUUUGGUGAUUUUUUUGUGGUUAUGUGAAUAAUAUAAAAACUAUGUUUGAUAUUAAGAAUGCGACAUUAUCUUUGGCAAUGCAUAUUUGAAAUCCUGCAAAUUGUUGCUAAGUUAUUUGUACAAAUCCUACAAUUUUAAUUUCAUUUAUACAUAAAUUAAAACGACUAUCUGGAUUAUCCAAUUUUGUAUACUUCUCCAAAAUUUGUCAAAAAUUUUUGUCUGCAAUGGCAAUAACUACUCAUAAUAUAAAAACAAGUAUACUUUCCAGUAGUUUAGCUGUAAUAAAGCCAUCGCGUUUACCUAAAUUUAGCAGCUGUACAUGUGGAUAGAUAGACAAAUAGAUUAAUAGCUAGAUAGUAAAAUAAAUAGUUAAUUCGCUCAGAUUUUUCAAUCUGCCACUUUGUAAUGUAAUUUUGUAAAAAGUAAUUAUUUAAAACAACUUAUUCCACUUUGUCCGUAGUACUUGUAGAAAAAUCUUACAGAUACUUAAAACUGGGUCGGUAAAUUGUACAUACAUUUUUAAUGUGUAUUAAUAUUAUUAUUAUUAUUAUUAUUGGUAUUA